UGUUCACUUCACCUAAAGUUUGGUGAGUGUGUUAGUCAGUCAUAUAUUCUUACGUUCUACACUAUAUUGACCUGCUACAGGUCGUUUGAGACGCUCGCUUGGUUUUUUUUUUUCCUUCUUUCCUUUUACCUGUACUCAACCACAGGUGUACACAUACACACACAUACACACACACACAUACAUACAUACAUACAUACAUACAUACAUACAUACUGGAAAUGGAAAUUCAGCUUACCUGUCACCAAUCUUGGAUCUAAUUUUUAAAGGAUAUAUUUACAUCGCUAUCACUCAUCUCAGGCGUCAAAUACUGUUACGUUAAUGAAAAAAUAUUAGGAAUAUGGAGGGACCAUCUUUUACAUUGAUAAUUUUACUGGCUACCCUACGUUUUACUUCAUCAUCUUCAGUUUCUUUUGAACAACAUGGUUGUGAAUCACUCUUUACUACCGUCAUAACAAAUUCAUCUGUUCUGGUAACAUUCUACAAUAUCCCAUUAAAUUUAAGUUUCCAAAAACAAGUGUCAGAUUUUCCAGUAGUUUAUUCUACUCCGGCAGACACGAUAAAUAAUGUAACAGAAAUAAAAUGGGAAGUAAGUUACCAGUCAACCAUCCAAAAUUUUACAGCGCCAGUUCCAGCAACGUGUUGUGUGGGACAUACUACUCCCAGAAGUAUCAACUGCGUAGAUGUAAAUAUCACAUGCUCAUCCAGUCAAUGUUCUUUAGCAAAACCAUGGAAUGUAUACACAGAUUUCUACAAAAUGAAUUGCAAAAACUGUGUUUGUACGUAUUGUUACAAAGGUGGACCUGCACUGCAUCAGUUGUUCCAGGUCAGCUUAAAGCAACAAGAUUUUGUUACGACUGAACAGUUUUCAAAGCUCAUUAAAGCUCAAGCUGCAACUCAAGCUAUUCCCGCCGAUUUCAAAACAUUAGCACUAGGGAUUCUUCCAAGUUAUAUUGUUCUGGAUAAUCCGAAUGAUGAAACUUGGAUUAGAAUUAGUCAGUUUGAAAACAUUACUUAUAUUCUAAAGACCGUCCUCACAGAUUUACCAGAAAUGACGAUAGUCGGUUAUUUGAAAAAUAUUUUGCAGAAUGUAAUCCAACAGUUUAACUUCUAUUUCUAUCCCCCAAUACAAUGUAACAUCAUGAUUGAAAAUACGACAACUGCAAUCAUUAAUAAGACGGCAGUCAUCAUAUUUACCUGCAACAACACCAGCAGCAGAACGCUGGUUUACAAAGUUAAUGAUGAUGCUUUUCAGCUAAGAGAUGGGAAGAUGUACGUCAUGAAAGAGGUUCAAGGAACUCGUGAAAUCCGGUUAAGUGUCCAGUAUCAAGGGAUAUCAUCAAGUGAAAGGGCUUGGAAGUUCAAUUUCACUGUUCCAAUGUCUGAUUCACAAACGACGGUAUUCAUUACAUACGACCUACAGUCAACCAUGCCGGUUACCACAGAGCCCACAGUAACAGGGACACUCGGCCCAGAAUCAACCACUCCGGUUUCAACAGACCCCCAAGUGUUACGAAUUGCAGCGGAGUUACUAACCUCUGAUAGUGUAUCCUUAACAUGUUACACAAAUUAUGGUAUACAAAAUCUCACCUAUUUAUGGUAUAUUUCCAAAAAACCUGUGACUGGUGUGAAAACAGAGCAGAUAUUAGCAAACAAUCGUUCACAGGAAACUAUUACUGUCUUGAACCUAAACCAAUAUAUUUCGCAACAAACACAAUUAUCCGUAAUUUGUCAAGUACAACAUAAUAAAGUCAUCUUCGACGGCCAACGGAACUUUGACUUUAAAAGCUUCCCAGUUGUUCAGCUGAAGGCUCCAGAAAGAUCUCCAUCAUAUUCUGUAGUAGAAUACUCCUGCAACACAAAUAUAUCGAAAGCUUACGUCGAAAUACAUUUGAAAAGUAUUUACGCUGAAGUUCAUACCAGUUCAGGUUCAUCAUAUACAGGAAAUUUUACAAUGGUAAAUGACACGAAGAUUUCCUGUUUUGGUGUAUCUGGCGACCUCAAAGGAAUUGUGAAAGAACAAAUAGUUUAUAUUUUUAACGCGAAUGCAUCUUCACUGAAUGGAGUUGGGAUAACAAUGCACAGCUUUAACAAUAUAACGUUCACCUGUUUCUCAGAGAGUACAUUUGCAGAGACUGCGUACCACUGGUAUUUGAAUGGUACUAAAACAAUAGCAGGAACACAGAAAGAGAUGCCUGGCAACCAAACAUUUGGGUAUCUAACUUUAAAAAACUUGCCCAAAGAUGCGUACGUUACGGUAACUUGCAAAUGGCAUUAUAGACAUUUCUUUGUUGAUGAACGGAGCAUAAGUGCGUCCUUAUUGACCAUUCCACAAGUUAGUCUUAUUUCUCCAGGCGCAUCGUCUUUAUAUUCUGUGGUGAAAUAUAGCUGUAUUUCUAAUGUGACAAAUGCUUAUGUUCACUUCGCUGUGGUACCCUUAUCUUAUAAAAAUGUAUCCUACCGCGUCAACAAGGGAAGCUAUGAAGGAAAUUUCACAAUUAUGAAUGACACGAAGAUUUUCUGUUUUGCCAAUUAUAAUGGUCAGCGUGGAAUCAUCCAAGAAAGCGUUGUUCUCGCACGUGCAGUAAAUGCACCUUUACUUGAUGGAGUGGCCGUAAUAAUGCACAGCUUUAGCAACAUAACGUUUUCCUGCUUCUCAAACAGGACAUCGCUCAACACCAAAUAUGAAUGGUUUUUGAAUGAUAACAUCAUAGCAACAGGGAUCUCCGAAAGAACACUUGACAACAAAAUAUAUGGCUAUCUUACUUUAACAAACAUAAACCAAAAUGCGAGAGUCAAGAUAACGUGCAAAUUGUUUUAUAGCAACAGCAUUGUUGACGAACGGAGCAUAAACAUAUCUAUCCCAUCCAUUCCACAAGUCCGUCUCACUUCUCCAAACACAUCAACGUUAUAUUCUGAGGUGAAUUACAAUUGUGUUUCUAACCUGGCAAGUGCAGAUGUUUACGUAGCCGUGAUACCUUUACAUCAUAAAAAUAUAUCAUACAGUGUUCAAAAAGCAAACUAUACAGGACGUUUUACAAUUUUCAAUGACACGAAGAUUUUCUGUUUUGCCAAUUAUAAUGGUCAGCGUGGAAUCAUCCAAGAAAACGUGGUUCUCGCACGUGCAGUAAAUGCACCUUUACUUGAUGGAGUGGCCGUAAUAAUGCACAGCUUUAGCAACAUAACGUUUUCCUGCUUCUCAAACAGGACAUCGCUCAACACCAAAUAUGAAUGGUUUUUGAAUGAUAACAUCAUAACAACAGGGAUCUUCGAAAGAACACUUGGCAACAAAAUAUAUAGCUAUCUUACUUUAACAAACAUAGACCAAAAUGCGAGAGUCAAGAUAACGUGCAGAUUGUUCUAUAGCAACAUCUUUGUUGAAGAAAGGAUCAUAAACAUAUCUAUUGAUUCCGUUCCACAAGUCAGUCUUAAUUCUCCGAACGUAUCAUCAUUACAUUCUGAGGUGAAUUAUAGCUGUGUUUCUAACCUGCCAAAAGCUGAUGUUUACGUAGCCGUGGUACCCUUCCAUUAUAAAAAUAUAUCAUACAGUGUUCAAAAGGCAAAAUAUUCAGGAAAUUUCACAAUUCAACAAGACAUGAAGAUUUUCUGUUAUGCCAAUCAUAACGGCCAACGUGGAAUCAUAAAGCAAAAUGUGGUCCUCUUAAAAGAAGUUCAGAGAUUUACAAUACAGCGAAUAACAACAACAAUGCACAGUGAUAACAACAUAAUGUUCACUUGUUACACAAACAGUACAGCUGCAAGUAUCACGUAUGAAUGGUAUGUCAAUGGUAGUCGUCUAACAGCAGGAAUAAGGCAAAGUGUAGGACAAAACGAAUCACAGUCAGAAGUUACUUUGACAAACUUACCACGAAAUUAUUUUGCCAUCAUAACGUGCCGAACAUUUCACGGAACCUUAUUUAUGGACGACCAAAACAUAACCACAGAUAUUGCAUCGAUUCCACAAGUCACUAUUAAUUCACAGAACUUAUCAUUAUCCAAUUCUGUGGUGAAUUAUAACUGUAACAGUAACGUACAAAAUGCUGAUGUUUACGCAACUGAGGUGCCUUCAACUCAUAAAACUGUAUCAUACCCUCCUGCUGUAAAAGGAAAUGUCACAGGACGCUUUACAAUGGUAAAUGAAACGAAGAUUUUCUGCUAUGCUGAACACGGUAACAAAAGAGGAAUCAUAAAAAGCAAAACUGUUUACUUACUUAAAAUUCCCAGAUUUUCAAUACUUGAAAUAACUACUAAGCAAAGUGCUAACAACAUAACGUUCACUUGUCGCACAAACAGUAAUUUAACAAAUAUAAAAUAUAAAUGGUACUUUAAUAACACUGACAUAACAACGAGAAUGACACAAAUGAUGGUAAAUGGAGAAUCGCAAUCCGAAGUGACCUUAAGUAAUUUAGGAGAAAACAAUUCAGGUGAGAAUUCAUCUUCAUAAUUUUUUCUUUUCACU